UUCACCUCUCCACGCCAGCCCAAUGGCAGCUGCGACGGCGCCGCCGCCGGCGGCAGCGAUCGCCGCCACCUUCUCGGCGCUCCUACGCCGCCGUACCGUCCGUCCUUGCUACGCGAGAUGCGUCUCCUCCAACGCGAGAGCCGAGGCGGCGGAGCCAGAGAGGCGGAGUGGAGGCCUCACUGGGACGCGCCUGGAGGAGGCCGUUCCCGCGGGGGAGGGGCGCUCGCGGGUCGACGCCUGGAUAUCGGCGCGGUUGGGCGGCGGGGGCGUCAGCCGUGCCCGCGUGCAGGCCAGUAUCCGCGCGGGACUCGUCGCCGUCAAUGGCCGCCCGGUCUCCAAGGUUUCGCAUAUGGUGAAGGGAGGGGAUCUGGUCAGUUGCACAGUGUCCGAGCUACAGCCGCUGAGGGCAGAGGCGGAGGAUAUCCCGCUAGACAUUGUUUAUGAAGAUGACCAUGUUCUUGUUGUGAACAAACCAGCUCAUAUGGUUGUUCACCCAGCGCCUGGAAAUGCAAAUGGCACCUUGGUCAAUGCUAUACUUCACCACUGCAGGAUUUCUACGUUUACAUGUCUGGCGCGCAAUUCAACUGGCGAUGAAUGCCCGGAUUCUUCAGAUGACGAUGUUGAUGUAUUUGAUGUUGAUCAAUUUACUACUGAAGACGUUAGUUCGGAAGUGCGGAAUGCUCUUGUGCGCCCUGGUAUUGUGCACAGACUUGAUAAGGGGACAAGUGGACUUCUUGUUGUUGCCAAGGAUGAGCAUUCCCAUGCUCAAUUAGCUGAACAGUUCAAGCUGCACACAAUUCGUAGAGUAUACAUCAGUCUUACUUGUGGGGUACCUCAUCCAAAUUCUGGCAGGAUUGAAGCGUCUAUCGCACGUGAUCCUAACAAUAGGAUUCGUAUGAUUGCUAUAGCUGGAUCAGGCCAGAGAUAUGCACGGCAUGCUGCUAGUAGGUACAAAGUAAGAGAGGUCUUUGCUGGUGGUGGAUCCGCUCUAGUAGAAUGGAGACUGGAGACAGGACGCACUCACCAGAUCCGUGCGCAUGCGAAGUAUCUAGGGAUCCCACUUCUUGGUGAUGAAACAUAUGGAGGUACCAAAAGCAUGGCACUGUCUCUUUUGAGGCCAAGAACUCCUUCAAAAUAUCAUAGUGGGCUUUCGGAUCUGAUAUCUAAAGUAGACAGGCCAUGUCUUCAUGCUGCAUUGCUUGGAUUCAAGCAUCCGCACUCAGGAAAGAUCCUUGAAUUCUCAUGCCCCCCGCCAGAUGAUUUUACUGAGGUACUUGAUGAAUUGCGACGUGUUACAUCAGCUGAUGGACAAAAUGGUGAUGAUGUUGUCCAAUAACAAUUUUGUGCCAAGGCAAAGUGAGCCAGGCAGUGAUGUUUAGCGUAUAGUGUGUCUGGUCCAAGGUCUGUCUUCAGGGCUAUGUGGGCAGUGAGGCUGUCAAUGGAAAGUAAUUGAUACGAACAACAUCGUUGACAAAGCUACGCAGCAAGUUGCAACAAUAAUCUGGUCAUAAGCAGUGCAAGUGCAGACACAAAAGACGACAUACAACAGCAUUUUCUAUCUUCAGCAGCGCAAGUGUGCGAUUGCAGAUAGACUACAAGAAGCACGCACGGUAAAUCUGAUCAAAUCAGGAUGGUCACAUCUGCUUCAUAGAUUUCAAGUCUCAACAGACUCAUCAGAGACAGACAUUCACAUCAUUUGGAGCAUUCUGCUUGCAGCAGGUCUUGCAUUCACCCUAGGAAUAGGAUUAAGUUUCAUGGACAGUCUAUAUGCAGUUUGGUUUGCUGGUCUUAUCUUGAGUUGUACUUUUACACAUCAUACAGCAGUUCCCCAAACAUAAGUGCAUACAUGAAGGGGUGGGGGUAUAGAGACUAGGCAUAGAAGCAAAGUGGCAAGGCCAGCACAAUGAGUUUGGAUGGGACUAGGAGGUGUCAUGAAAUUUAGGUGGACGCGAUGAGAGUGAUUGCAAUCCACCCCAAAACACGAUCGAUCUGUUGGCGAUCCUGUUGUCCCAAGCAAGAUGAUCGAGUCAUCUACCGCGCUGGGGUGUGUGCGGGCGACAGGGAGGGAGGCGGCUGCAGCGUCCGUGGGCGGCCGUGCUGACCGCAUCGCCCGGCGGUGAGCAGACUCUUGGGAUUGGGCGGCAAUGGGAAUAGCUUCCUGCAGCGAAGGAGACAAUGUCGUGUCAAGUUUUGGUAAGGUCGCGCUGGGAUCCAGACUCUGCUUGUGCAUCUGCGAUCAAGGUCGAUGUCGGUCGUCCCAGGCCGUCGCGUGUCGAGCAAAUCAUAGCUUGUUAUUAUUCAUCUAUUUAUUUGCUCUCGAUCAAUGAAAAAGGUUGCAGCACCGCUGUUUUCGCGUUGCGUUUGAUGAA